GUACGUAGAUAGGCUCUCUGUUUUACAACCAUGAUUUAGGACUUCCAUCGAAUCAGCUCGACAUGUCGAAUCAAUCAAUACGGGUGUACGCUGCAACCUGGAAUCCAGAUCAUCCAGUACGGCCAUGAGUUAUAGACUAUUAAAAGAUCCAUGCCGUUCCGAUCCAUGAUGUGACAAUUUGGUCGCCCAUCGCUGUCGAAAUCUUGGAAAUUAUAUAUAUACGCUAGCUGAGGAGUACGUACUUGUUAACUUGUGACUUGCGUUGUUACAUCAAAUUUACAACUCUCUUGGGCUUCCGAAACAUUUUUGACAUGGAUAACCUACAUGAACGAUUGAUUUCUGCGCACAUGCCUGUGCUAGUUUCUUAUGCUCCGCGUACGUUUUCAGACGAGUCCCGAGCCAGGACUCUGGCAAAUGUCAGUGAUCAGGAGUGUAUGGAGUCAGCUGAACUGCAUGCGAUUCUGCGAUGUACUGAAUCCCUGGCGAAAGAUGAGCCGUUCUGUUUAUCGGAAAACCAGUCCGUACAUUCUGACCAUUCUACCGAAAAGCCUCUGAACAUGUCCAUGCCGAAGGUGUCACCCGCUCGUGCCAAGCCAACAAAGCGUGCUUCCAAGCCGCGGAAUGCGCCUAGUGGUCCCCGAGAAAGAAAGUCCAUGAAAAACCCUGACACUCCGCGAAAACGUCAGCCCCGUGCCAAGAAAGUGCCUGAUGAGCCCAUUUUUGAGGAAACCAUCCAGGUGGAUAAUCAGUCUGUUAUCCCACUGAAGGAUGUCGUAGGCGAUUUGGAAUUUGAAGACCUUGAAGCAGAAGAUCUGGAGCUGUUGCGCUAUCUGCCAUCGCCCGGCAAUAUCGAGAUUGUCGACUCUUGCGCGAAAUCUCUCGCUGAACUCUGCGACUUCCAACGAAAACUCCGGCAGCUGCAUGAACCGGAUAAAGAUAUGUUUCAACAUGAGAUGGAUCAUGACUCCGAUGCUACGAUCAGUAUUGUCAGUGAAAACGGACCACAGGAUGCUCAUUCUGCCAUGACCAAUCCGACGCAUGACAUGGCGAUGCUGAUGACGUACAAACAUAUAUUUGAUCCGCCGGUGCCGGCUGUGGUUACAAUUCCCACUUACAUGGUAACUGUUCAAUCAACUGCAGACUGGGAGACGGAAACGAAGGCGUUACAGCAUUUAGUCAAUAAAGCUGAAAGAUCCCAUCUGGCUGAUCCCCCACAGCCGUCGCGUUCUCGCAAACGGAAGCAGAUGGAUGAUCCAAAUCACGAGGAACAGAUAAAUCAGUACGUAAAGCGACUGAUUACCGCUAUCGAGAUCAAAAGCAAUCAGGUGGUCAACAUGAAACGGAGCAUAUUUUCCCUUCAAAAGUCAGUGAACGAACCGAAGAAACGUGAACAACAAAGUAAAGUCGUUACUGAGAAACCGGAGACUGUUCGUGUCGAACAGAAACCGUCAGAUCUGGAUGCCGUUAGUAAAGCCAGGACGCUCAUCAGCAAAUUUGAUCUGGACCCGUUUUGUGCCGACAUCUUAAUGGCAUGUCUUACUUCCGUAGAUCACAAUCACGCCAAGGAGCUGGUCAAGUUCCAUAAGCAGCAUGCUGCACUGGAGAACGAGUUGGUUCGCAAGGAUGCUUACGGUGAUCAGGCAUGUCAGAAAGAUCUCCACAUCGCCGUUAUGGAUACGCAGAAAAAGCUGUGUCAGUUACGUUAUGCCAAGGAGCGCUCCGUGGCGGUGGUGAAUGAGAAAUACGUUCUGGAUGUGGAUGAAAUUGAGAAACGCACUAAUUCCAGCACGGAAAGGGCCAAGAGCCAUGUAACGAAUAUGUUCGAAGAAAAUCGCCGACAGUUUGAUCUGCAGAGAACGCUGGAUUUUGCUACAUGCAAAUGCGAUGUGUUUGCCAUUAAUACUCGCAAUAUGCGCCGUAGAGGAGAAAUGCAACCGCAGCAUUAUGCCCGAUUGUUUGAAGAUAUACCAACCGCCAAUAACACAUCGGGAAAUCCGGGAUCGCCGCCGCAUACGUCCCAGUCAAAUCUGCCAACUCAAAGUUCCCAUAGUGUUAAACGACGUAGAAACAAUUUUGCUUCCUCGGUUAAGGAAGUAUUGGAAGAGCGUGAAAUAUACGACGACCUAUCGAAUAUUAACCGCAUGUUAAAAGAAGAUCCUACCCGAAGUUUAUCGGUAAUAAAAUCAGCCGAUGUUAUUCCGGAUAACAAUCGCCUCAUGAUUGAUGGCAAGCCUUUUCAUCGGAAUCAGGAGGUCUUAGUCGAGCAUCAUGUUGAAGGCAAGUUCACGGGAUCGUUGUUACAGUUCUCGCAAACCGAAAUUAUGAUCAAAAGGUGCGGUGAUGGGCAGCGCUUGCGGUUUCCUUUAGGCCUGGUAAUGGACAAAAAGAUUGUGCUGAAAAAGAAAAUGUCACCCACAAGGGGUAUUCAGAAUGGACCAGCGAAAUGAUACUAAUACCCACAACCGUGCUUCCGUUAGAAAAAAUUUACGUGUGUUGUAGUUUUGGCUGUUGCAUUGUUUUAGUACGUUUGGUUCUGUUUGCUUCGA